UUUUGAACUGAAACCAGCGGGAGUGUCGGUUUCCGACAUUAAGCCGCGGGAGGACGGGAUCAGUCGCGAGUUCGUGAAUCUGCUCGAGUACCACGUUGGCGUCGAGAACAAAGAGCAGUUGCAGAGGGUGUUGGAAGCCCUGCAGGAUGAAGAGCUCGAGAAGAUCUACCGCGUCAUGCAGGAUGCGGGCACAUUCAGGGCCGCUGUGGAAGAAGAGCAGAAGAAGUUCACCUCCGGGCACUGGCGUCACGAGCUGGAUUUCAUGGCGAAACUCCUCGACGCCGGCUUCGACUUUUCCGACCCGCCGAUUCUGCAAGUGCUCGGAUGCAGGUACUUCAACAAUCGCAGGCUCGCCCCCUUCCUCAUAAAGGGCACGGGGGUGGGGCGAGCCUACCUGGCAGACACCUAUACCGCCUUUAUGGAGCCGGACUGGUCACGAACGUUGAAGCAUGGCGAGGUGAGUUUCAACUGCAACGGAAGCGCGAUCGGGAGCCGCCGCGUAGCCAUUUGCCGCCCGCCGAGUGUGACGCCUGACGAUUUGCUCGUGCGCGACGCUGUGGCAAAUCAAGGCGCGACGCCGGCGCGCUUUGCAACGAAGAACAUCUUGACCUGCGCUGCACCGGAGGACGCGGUGGGCGACUGCGAUGCUGUGCUGAUGUCCGGCGACCAAGAUGGGGACCGGCC